GGGCCUGGGGGCCCAGUGAGGAGCCCCUGUAAGUUUAGGCUGUGUCAGGGCCCUUCCCCCACACAGCCAGCUGCCCCCCAAUAGUACCAAGUGCAGGUGGGCUCCAGGGAAGCAGAGCUGGGAGCAGAGAUUUCUCCAGAAGUCCUCAGAAGCCCCAGUAUCCUUCUGUAAUUUCUUCAUUGUGGGAAAGACAGAGUAGACAGGAUUGAUAAAGCCCAGGAUCUGGUAUGAAGAAGACCACAGUUUCAGGCCUCCAAACUAUGUCUGGACAAGAUAUUUGAGGAUAGCUAUGGACUUUAGCAGAUGCUAGAAGAAUGUUUUUCCUUUCUGCACUCCCACAACCCACUGGCUAGAUGUGGAUAUGGUGUUCACUCAUCCCAGAAAUACCCUAGAGAUGGUGGAGCAAAUACAUAAAACAAUCUGGAUCCCCGAGAUGUGGAGCUGCUAAACCAGGCAAGCCCAGCCCAACUGUUUUGCAGUUGACCAUGGGAACCCUUGGGAGUUCAGGAAGGAAGGAAAGGCCCAGAAGCCGGGAUAGGAGAGCUGAGUUGGGAAGGACAAGAGGUGAGAAGUUUGUGAAUAUUUGUGAAUAUUUUCCAAAGAAUUUCACCCAGACAGUGCGUGGCUAUUGCAAAGAAGACCUAGGCUUCUCAUCCAUUCUCGUCCAUAUUCUGCUUGAUAAUGUUCAACUUGGGCCUCACUGGUUGGGAAUUCUUUGGAAGUCUGUCGUUAUUGUGUCAUACUUGGGAAGUGUUACGUUAAACAUUUUCUUCUACAGAACUCUCCAUGAUAUCAAUGAAUCAAUGAAAUGCCUUAAAGACAGGAAGAAGGAUCAAGUCAAAACAUGUGAGAGAACUACGUGGGCCAGGAUUAAAUAUGAGAGACAUCAGAAUGUCAAAAAUAUGGACUUGUCAGGAUACAUAAAGAAUAAAUUGAAGGGAUCAGAUCUAAGAGGCUCAAGUUGCAAUAUCUGUCACCCAGAAGGAAUUAAAAAGAAUUUCAACAUCUGUGAAGAACUGGGAUAUAGGAAAGCAGAAAAUGAGGCUAAAUUGAGAACAACAGAAACAAUAGGAGAACAUCAUUAUAAAAUGUAUGAAGAACAACUGGCUGAACUAGAGGAGGAGCUGAGAAAGGAAAAACUUAAGCGGGCACAGUGUCAAGGGAUCCUGGCUCAGGCGGACCAAAAACUGCAACAAGUUACGGAGGAAGUAGAAUCAUACAGGGAAGCGAAUCUGACCCACAGGGAAGAAAUUGAAAGCAUGAAAGAGCAGCAGCAACUGGUGGAGCUCCACCGCAGACACCAGAUUGCCACUAGCGAAAUGGCAGCUCACCACUACUGGCUCAAGACCCAGGUUCUGGCGAGGGAGAGGGUGGAGCAGGCCAGGGAGGCUGCCCGCUUGAGGCACAGACUGGAAAUGAUGCAGGAAGUGGAAUAUGGGGCGGAGAAACCUGCACCGAGGAAAUCUGAAACGCAGAGCCCUCCACGCACAGAUUCACGACCUCAAUCUGUGCCCAGGAGGAGCAGUGUGUGGAUCCCAUCUGAAAAUGCAGACAAUGGGGAGGUGGAGGUGGAUGCAAGAGGGCCCCCUGGAGUCCCAGGACCAGCCGACGUGUUCAAGCCCAUGACUGGCCCUCUAUCAGCGCUCAGGGACCAUGGGCCAUUUUCUCACCCCUGGUUCCUUCUGAGACUCAGCACCCACCUCAAGGGCCACCAUUCGGACAACCAUUUUGAAAUUUGAAGAGGACCCAGAUACUGUCAGGCAUAUUGGAAAUGGGGUCAGACCUUCGUGUGCUCCCACUUUGUUCACUGCCAGAUGCUCCCUUGUCCCCUCACACCCAUCCCGGUGUUUCUACCUAAUAAACCUUCCAGUUCCCUC